AUGGUGGUGCUCUUGGUGCUGCUGUCUGAGCUGCUACCUCAUGUUGGAUGCAAGAAACGUUUGGUUCAUCGCAACAUGGAGAGCCAUUCCAUUCAACAUUGUGUAAGUGAUCCCUUCUUAAUUCUGCAUGAGUUUUAUCGACCAGGAGACUUCAUCAUUGGAAAGAUAACUUCUCAAGCUUUUGGCGUACACCUCGAAACUAAUUUCAGUGAACAACCUUCUGUGUUUUUGAUCAAUGUGGUGCCAAAGAACUACCAGCAUAUCCUUGCCUUGGCAUUUGCUGUAGAGGAGAUAAAUGAAAAUCCCACACUCUUACCUAAUGUCACUUUGGGUUUCCACAUCUAUGACAGCUUCUAUAAUGCCAAGAUGACAUAUAAGGCCACACUGGACCUUCUUUCCACACAGCAUAGGCUAGUCACUAACUACCAGUGUGAUGUUCAAAACAAUUUGAUAGCUAUCAUUGGAGGGCUUGACUCUUGGAUCUCACUCUGUAUGGCUACCAUAACAAACACCUACAAGAUUCCACAGCUGACCUAUGGCUCCCUUGUCUCAGGGCUGAGUGACAAAACAUUGUUCUCAUCCAUGUAUCAGAUGGUCCCCAAUGAAUCCAACCAGUACAUUGGGAUCGCCUAUUUACUCCAGCACUUCAAAUGGACAUGGGUUGGGAUAUUUACAAUGGAUUAUGCCAACGCAGAGAGGUUUUUGCAAGAUUUAGUGCCAGUGCUUUUCCAGAGAGGUGUCUGCUAUUCCUUUAUAGAAAAAAUGCCCAAAUGGACCUACACUGAAAGAAUGAUAGAGCUGUUGUCAAAUAACCUGGCAACUUUUUCAAGACACAUGAACAGUAACGUCAAUGUGUUUGUUGUCCACGGUCAAGCACCAUCCAUGUAUUAUUUGUCCUGUUUUUUGCACAUGGCAGGCCUUCAAUCACCUAUAGGGAAGUUGUGGAUUUGGACAACCCACUGGGAGUUUGAAUCAAGUACUAAUCAAAGAGACUGGGAUAUCCAACCCUUCCAGGGUGCCAUAUCCUUGACAGUUCACUCAAAUGAACCUCUAGGAUUCCAGAUAUUUCUUCAGAAGAUAAAUCCUUCCUGGGCAAAAGAAGAUGGUUUUAUCCAUGACUUUUGGGAACAGGCAUUCAACUGCUUAUUGAAACCUUCCAGCAUGGGUGAGGGUGAGAAUAUCAUGGAACCCUGCACUGGGAAGGAGAAGUUGGAGGAUCUUCCUGGACUUUUCUUUGAAAUGGCUAUGAUUGGCCACAGCUACAGUGUCUAUAAUGCUGUCCAUGCUAUUGCACAUGCUCUACAGACUAUGUGUGAAACCCAGUCUAAAUACAGAGCAUUUGUGCCUGAAAGGCAGCUACAACCUUGGAAUCUGCAGCCUUGGCAGCUUCACUCCUUUCUGAGGAGCACAGUAUUCAACAGCAGUGCUGGAGACACCAUUCAUUUUGAUGAAAAUGGAGAAAUAAUUUCAGGGUUUGAUGUUGCAAUGUGGGUAAUUUUCCCAAAUAAAUCUCUUGUUAAAGUAAAAGUGGGACAAGUGGAUCCUCAGGCUCUUUCAGGCAAAGAAUUAACAAUACAGGAUGAAAGAAUCCACGGGAAUACAUGGUUUAGCCAGCCUACUUCUGUGUGCAAUGACAACUGCUAUCCUGGUUACAGCAAGCAGCAGAAGGAAGGACAGCCAUUUUGCUGCUACGAUUGUACUCAGUGUCCAGAAGGGAUGAUCUCUACCAAGAAGGAUAUGGAUUACUGUAGAAGCUGUCCACCAGAUCAUUAUUCAAAUGCACAACACAAUCAAUGCAUUCCUAAAGUCAUAAGCUAUCUCUCUUAUGAAGAACCUUUGGGGAUGAGUUUUUCUUUGACUGCUAUUUCUUUUGCUGCCAGCACAGCUUUGGUGCUUGGAACCUUCAUUAAACACAAGGACACUCCCAUUGUCAAAGCCAACAACCAGAGCCUCACCUACAUUCUACUCAUCUCCCUCCUUCUUUGUUUCCUUUGCUCCUUGUUCUUCAUUGGGAAGCCAGGGAGAGUAACCUGCCUUGCACGACAAAUGGUUUUUGGCAUCACCUUUUCUGUAGCUCUUUCUGCAGUACUAGCUAAGACCAUCACUGUGGUUAUUGCAUUCAUGGCUACUACACAAGGAUCCAGAAUGAGGAAGUGGGUCAGCAAAAAAUUAGCAAUUUCCAUUAUCCUUUUUUGCUGCUUUAUUCAAGGUUGUAUUUGUACUUUUUGGUUAAAUACUGCUCCUCCAUUCCCAGAUGUUAAUAUGUACUCAGUGACAGAAGAAAUUGUAUUGGAAUGCAAUGAAGGCUCCAAGAUCAUGUUUUACUGUGUCUUGGGCUAUAUGGGCUUUUUGGGCAUUGUUUGUUUUACUGUAGCUUUCCUAGCCAGGAAGUUACCUGACAGUUUCAAUGAAGCCAAGUUUAUCACUUUCAGCAUGUUGGUCUUUUGCAGUGUUUGGCUGUCUUUUGUUCCAACCUAUCUAAGCAUAAAAGGGAAAUACAUGGUAGCUGUGGAGAUCUUCUCCAUCUUAGCCUCCAGUGCUGGGAUGCUGGGUUUCCUCUUUCUCCCCAAAUGCUAUCUCAUUGUGAUAAAGCCUGAACUGAACAACAGGAAACAAUUAAGAAUGAGGGAAAAAACCUAA